AUGGAGAAGAGAACACUUUUCAUCCUUGUCGCCUUCGUGAUUGCGGGCAUUGCGGCCAAAAAGAGCGAUGAAAGCAAUAAACCGUCGUGGGCUAAAAAGGAUAUCCGGGAUUAUACGGAUGCCGACAUGGAGAGACUUUUGGAGCAAUGGGAGGAGGAUGAGGAGCCGCUGGAACCAGAUGAGCUGCCCGAGCAUCUACGUCCUCAACCCCAAAUUGACUUGUCGAAGCUCGAUAUGAAUAAUCCGGAGGAAAUGUUGCGAGAGACAAAGAAAGGCAGGACCCUCAUGGCAUUUGUCCAGGUGGCAGGUAAUCCAACACGUGAAGAAGCUGAAACAGUCACAAAGAUCUGGCAAUCUAGUCUCUGGAAUAAUCACAUCCAAGCGGAAAGAUACAUGAUUCAAGAUGCUCGAGCCAUUUUCAUGUUCAAAGACGGUGCUCAGGCGUGGAUUGCCAAGGAUUUCUUGGUGGAACAGGAAAAAUGCGAAAGUGUGACGAUAGAGAGCAAAAAGUAUCCGGGGAAAUAUGCAAAACCAUCCAAGGAGGAGCUGUAGUGGCGGACUCUCAGUUUUUGUGUUCAAUAUGGAACAUUUUGCAGCGCACAGUACCAGUUUUCGUGGCCAAUGCAAUCUCUGAAAUUUAAUAAAAGACUUGAUUUCCAUUGAGA